ACGAGUUGGAUAAUGAUUCAUUACUUUGGGCUUCUUUUAUUUGGGCUACUCUGUGUGAAAUUCAUCCGCAAGUCUGAAUGAAAGCGAGACAUCAGCGGCACUUUCCUUCGAUUGCACCUCCCUGCGAUAUUCAUCUUCGAAUGGCUCCACCGCGAGAUUUCAGAGAAUAUGUGAUUGGAAUUAAUCUCUUUCCUUCUUCACGGUCCUUCUUCACGGAGAUUCCAACGAUCGAGUCUAGAGCCGCAGCAUCUUGUUCUCCGAAUCUCAUCACUUCGUCUCCUCCCAGACUCCUUCGCCGCAUCUUGCAUUCUCGCCAAUGGAGACCAGAGACUAGAGCAGCAUCUCGCAAUAAAACUAUAGCCGUCACUCCCGUCAGCCUUCUCGCCUUCUCGUCAGCCGCAUCUCCUUCUCGUCAGUUGCAUCUCGUUCUCGCCAGCGCCUUCUCGCCGGAGCUGCCAACUUGUGACGGAAAUGGAAAAACAGGGAGAAGAGAUCAAUCCAUCAAGUGAAUGCUGGAGAGUUUUGGUUCGUGUGAUUCGACAGUACAAGAUGCCAGUGUAUAAUGAUCAGAAGAUGACGAAUUCGAUUGAGAUGAUAUUCAUGGACGAACAUGAAACUACUAUCCAUGCCACUGUAAGAAAAACUCCGGUGGGAACUUUUGAGAAGAAAAUAAAGGAAGGAUCAGUAUAUGUAUUUGCUUACUUCGGCGUCAGCAAUAGCAGUGGAUAUUAUCGCACUUCACGAUAUGACUUUCGCC